AAUAUGCAAAAUAUAUAAAGAAAAGAAUAAAUACCAUAUUUUUUGUAAUUAUAAGAGAAGUCGAAAUGCGAUGUUUCCAAGCUUUUCGUAGGAUAUUCCAUGACAUUCUGGCGACAAUGGCCCGAGAUCGAAGCGAGUGCGUAACCGAGUGGGCUGUCUACUCGAUGUCAAAAACAACCGAUGUGUCGCAUCGAUCUUCUAAUUUGAUCAUAGGUCUUUAUUCGAUGUCGGUGUUUCUUUAUGGUACCGGCGUACUUGUCGCCCAUGCCGAAGAACCUGAUGAGGCCGAAGAACAGAUCACGGUGCCGGCUCGAGAAUUGUUUCUCAAGAUGGAGCUACCCUUCGAGUCUAAUGCCUCCCCUGCGUAUGAGCUUGUUAUGAUCACGCAGUUUUUCCAUCAGCUCGCGGCAGCCACAAUAGUUGGUGUUCUCAACGCUCUAAUUGUCUCACUGAUUCUUCACGUAGGUGGACAAAUCGAUAUAAUGUGCCGAGGGUUGGUAGAAAUCUCCUCAGGUGACGACACGUUUGACUUGCGGACCUCGACUAUUAAAGCUCUAAUAUGUCGACAUCAGAGAAUUAUCGCGCUUUCAGCCGACAUCGAGACUUUAUUCUCAUAUAUUGCUUUGAUGCAAUUCCUGUGGAACACUUUGGUCAUCUGCUGCCUCGGAUUUUUAAUUGUUUCUUCGAUCGAAGAUACGCAAGGAUCAACGAUGCUGAUCAAAUCUCUUUUCUUUUACGUCGUCAUCACUUUGGAGGCAUUUAUAUUUUGUUAUGCUGGAGAAUAUCUCAGCGCUAAGAGUAGAAUGAUCGGUGAUGCAGCGUAUGAGGCGAAAUGGUACAAUUCGGGUCCUACGCAGAGUCAUAUUGUAUUAUUGCUGAUUUUAAGAUCGCAGAGAAAAUUAACUAUUACUAUUGGGAAGUUUAUGGAUCUUUCUUUAGAACGUUUCACGACAGUAAGAUGUGUUUUUAGAAUUCUGUUUUUCUUUGUUGUAUCAUAUCUAGAUUGUACAUGAAAAGAAAUACGUAUUGCCAAUUCUAAAUUCUCUUUAAUAUAAAUCGCUAUUACUUUUAGAUAUAGAUGUAUAGAGAAUAUAUAUAUUUCUAUCUUUUUCUUAUUUUAUUGCAUUUUUAUAUCAGAUUUAUCGAUACAAAUAUAUCGUGUUUUAAUAGUUGUCGCACAAAAUAUGACAAGCUCUACCUUCUUUCUUUUAGAUUAUUAAAGCAUCAGCGUCUUAUGUGUCCGUGCUGCAUGCUAUGUCUUGAAGGCCGUGAAUAGUUGAAGAGACAGUAUCCUCCGUGUGUAUAUGUAGCUAUUAUGUCAUAAGAAAUGAGACAUCUCGCGUAUUC